UUUUACUGAAACCAACGGACAGAGUUGCCGUUCUGCCCCGCGCCGGAAGGUGGCAGUAGCAGCAGCGAUUGCUCUUCUUCGACCCUUUCUAACCAAGUGUCAUGGCGGCCCCCGGUGUGACAGUGUGAAUGAGCUGAGAUAACAUAAACAAAGUCAUGAUUGGGAUGUGUGCAGUGAUGCGAGCAGCGCGUCGGCUGGUCCACGCCAACACAGUCCAGUUUCAGUACGACCUGACGCCACCGUUAUGUACUUUUCUUCAGAACAGGAAGUACGCCUCUAAACAGAACAAGGGUCAUAAGAAGGAGCCGAGGCGAUCCAAGGUCAAAGCUAAUGUGAACAAGCAGGAAGUGGAGAUCUCUAAGAGGAUGACGGUGUCGGCGCUCGCAGCCGCCAUGAACAAAGACUGCGACCAUGUGUUUGAGAGUCUCCUGAACACCUCAAUAGAUGUGGACUCUCUGCACCCCAACUCUGUUUUGAGUGAGAAGUGGAUCAAGGAAGUGGUGAAGCAAUCAGGGAUGAAGUUCCACUGGGCUGACCUGACAGUGAGCGAGGAGAAAAUAAACAAAGACGCCCAUCCAAGGCCUCCAGCAGAACCUGGAAACAUGAAGCCCCGCCCCCCCGUGGUCACCAUCAUGGGUCACGUGGAUCACGGAAAGACUACGUUGUUGGACAGUCUGAGGAAAAGCCAGAUAGUGUCCACAGAGGCGGGGGGCAUCACACAGCACAUCGGGGCCUUUUUAGUCCAGCUGCCCUCAGGUGAAAAGGUCACCUUCCUGGACACCCCAGGUCAUGCUGCUUUCUCCUCCAUGCGAGCACGCGGAGCCAGUGUCACCGACAUCAUCAUUCUGGUCGUUGCAGCAGACGAUGGCGUCAUGACGCAGACUGUGGAGUCCAUUGAUCACGCUAAGAAAGCUGGAGUUCCGAUCAUUUUGGCGGUGAAUAAAUGUGACAAACAUCAAGCCGACCCUCAGAGAGUCAAACAGGAACUUCUGGCUCACAACAUUGUUUGUGAAGAGUUUGGAGGGGACGUGCAGGCCAUUCACAUUUCUGCUUUGAAGGGAGACAACUUGCUGUCUCUGACCGAAGCCACUGUCACAUUAGCUGAGAUGAUGGAGCUCAAAGCCGAAACCAGUGGCUUAGUGGAGGGAGUCGUCAUCGAGAGUCGCACAGACAAAGGCAGAGGUCCUGUAACAACAGCUCUCAUCCAGCGGGGGACGCUGCAGCGCGGCUGCAUUCUUGUAGCUGGAAAAAGUUGGGCCAAAGUACGUACACUCUUUGAUGAGAAUGGUCGCACAACUGCAGAGGCGGGGCCCAGCUGUGCGGUGGAGGUGGUUGGGUGGAAGGACCUGCCCUCUGCUGGUGAUCUUCUUUUAGAGGUGGAGUCUGAGCAGCGUGCACGGGAGGUGGUAGAAUGGAGGAACAGUGAGUACGCAGAGCAGAAGAUGGCAGAAGACUUGAGUGUCAUCGAAGACAAGCAGCAGCGCCACCUCCAGGAGUACAGGAAGCAGAGGGAAGAGUUAUCGCACCUCAACUGGAGAAGGAGGAAGUUGGAGACCUACCGCUCGUACAGAGACAAGCUGACUACGGAUCUACUCAGUGAAGGGAUGCAGGGCGGGCGGCCACAGCUGCCACUUGUCAUCAAAGGUGACGUAGACGGAUCAUUGGAGGCCAUCUUAAACAUCCUGGACAGUUACGAUGCUCAGGACGAAUGUGAGGUGAAAAUUAUUCACUGUGGCAUCGGAGACAUUUCUGAAAACGACGUCAACAUGGCUGUUACAUUUUCAGGUAUGUCGCUCCAGGUUUGGAUUUCUUCAACAAAGCUGUAGUAUAGUAUGUCAUUU